AUGGACGUUGAGGCGGAGGUGUUCGCGGGGACGAGCGCGGAGGAUGGCGUCGCCGGGCAGCUCGCGGGCAUGUCGGCCGCGGACAUCAAGCGCAAGGCUCGUCUCCUCGACAACGAGAGUCGCGUGCUCGAGGGCCAGGCGAAGAUGCUCGAGCUGGACGUGCGGGGCAUGGACGAGAAGGUCAAGGAGAACAAGGAGAAGAUCAAGCUCAACAACCAGCUCCCGUACCUCGUCUCCAACGUCGUGGAGAUCCUAGACAUGGUCCCUGAAGACGAGGAGGACGGCGCGAACCAGGACGUGGACAGCCAGCGCAAGGGCAAGGCGGUGGUCCUCAAGACUUCGACGCGGCAAACGGUCUUCCUGCCGGUCGUGGGGCUCGUGGACCCGCGCGACCUGAAGCCGAACGACAUGGUUGGCGUGAACAAGGACUCGUACCUCAUCCUCGACACGCUGCCUGCCGAGUACGACAGCAGAGUCAAGGCCAUGGAAGUCGAUGAGAAGCCUACGGAGACGUACGGGGACAUUGGAGGGCUGGACAAGCAGAUUCAGGAGCUCGUCGAGGCGGUCGUGCUUCCCAUCACGCACAAGGACCGCUUCCUGAAGCUCGGAAUCAAGCCGCCGAAGGGCUGUCUGCUGCACGGCCCGCCUGGGGUCGGCAAGACGCUGAUUGCGCGCGCCAUCGCCGCCCAGACCAAGGCGACGUUCCUCAAGCUGGCCGGGCCGCAGCUGGUCCAGAUGUUCAUCGGCGACGGCUCCAAGAUGGUCCGCGACGCCUUCGCGCUCGCCAAGGAGAAGAGCCCGUGUAUUAUCUUUAUUGACGAGAUCGACUCGAUUGGCACGAAGCGGGUGGACAGCGAGCUGAGCGGGGACAGGGAGGUGCAGCGGACGAUGCUCGAGCUGCUCAACCAGCUCGACGGCUUCUCCAGCUCGGACGAGGUUAAGGUCAUCGCGGCAACGAACCGGCCGGACAUCCUCGACCCCGCGCUGAUGCGCUCGGGCCGCCUGGACCGCAAGAUCGAGUUCCCGCACCCGGACGGCCCCGCCCGCGAGAAGAUUCUGAUGAUCCACUCGCGCAAGAUGAAUGUGUCGCCGGACGUCAACUUUGAGGAGCUGGGGCGGUCGACGGAGGACUUCAACGCCGCGCAGCUCAAGGCGGUGUGCGUGGAGGCCGGGAUGCUCGCGCUGCGGCGAGACAGCACGGUCGUGUGCCACGAGGACUUCGUGGAGGGGGUCACGCAGGUACAAGCCAAGAAGAAGGGGACUGUCAGCUACUACUGCUGA